CUCGCUCUCUGCUCGCUCCCGGCCGCCGCCACCAACCCCGUGGAGGGAUGACCCUCUCCGGCGGCGGCAGCGCCAGCGAUAUGUCCGGCCAGACGGUGCUGACGGCCGAGGACGUGGACAUCGAUGUGGUGGGCGAGGGCGACGACGGGCUGGAUGAGAAGGACAGCGACACGGGCUGCGACAGCCCCGCGGGGCCGCCGGAGCUGCGCCUGGACGAGGCGGACGAGGGGCCACCGGCGACCGCUCAUCACGGCCAGUCUCAGCCGCCCCACCAACCACCUCUGGCACUGUCCACCGAGGCGGCCGCGGCCGGGCCGGGGAACGACGCCGGAGCGCCGGAGGCCGACGGCUGCAAGGGCGGCGAGGACGCGGUGGCAGGCGGCGGUGGGCCCGGCGCGGGCGGCGGUGCCGCGGGAGGUCUGACCCCGAGCAAGCCCAAGAACAGCCUGGUGAAGCCACCCUACUCCUACAUCGCGCUCAUCACCAUGGCCAUCCUGCAGAGCCCGCAGAAGAAGCUGACCCUGAGCGGCAUCUGCGAGUUCAUCAGCAACCGCUUCCCCUACUACCGGGAGAAGUUCCCCGCCUGGCAGAACAGCAUCCGCCACAACCUGUCGCUCAACGACUGCUUCGUCAAGAUCCCCCGCGAGCCGGGCAACCCGGGCAAGGGCAACUACUGGACCCUGGACCCCCAGUCCGAGGACAUGUUCGACAACGGCAGCUUCCUGCGGCGCCGGAAGCGCUUCAAGCGCCACCAGCAGGAGCACCUGCGCGAGCAGACGGCGCUCAUGAUGCAGAGCUUCGGCGCCUACAGCCUGGCUGCGGCGGCGGGCGCAGGACCCUACGGCCGCCCCUACGGCCUGCACCCCGCGGCGGCGGCGGCGGGCGCCUACUCGCAUCCCGCGGCGGCGGCAGCGGCGGCGGCGGCAGCGGCGCUCCAGUACCCGUACGCGCUGCCGCCGGUGGCGCCGGUGCUGCCGCCCGCCGUGCCCCUGCUGCCCUCGGGCGAGCUGGGCCGCAAAGCGGCCGCCUUCGGCUCGCAGCUCGGCCCGAGCCUACAGUUGCAGCUCAACACCCUGGGCGCCGCCGCCGCGGCCGCGGGCACGGCGGGUGCGGCGGGCACCACGUCGCUCAUCAAGUCCGAGCCCAGCGCGCGGCCGUCGUUCAGCAUUGAGAACAUCAUAGGCGCGGGAUCCGCGGCGCCGGGGGGCUCGGCUGGGGGUGGCGGGAGCGCGGGCGGGGCUGGGGGCGGUGGGGGCGGCGGGGGCGGCGGCAGCACCCAGUCCUUCCUGCGGCCGCCCGGGACGGUGCAGUCCGCGGCGCUCAUGGCCACGCACCAGCCCCUGUCGCUGAGCCGGACGACUGCCACCAUCGCGCCCAUCCUGAGCGUGCCGCUGUCUGGACAGUUCCUGCAGCCCGCAGCCUCUGCCGCCGCCGCUGCCGCCGCCGCCGUUCAAGCCAAGUGGCCCGCGCAAUAG